UGUGGUUACUAUGGCAACACAGUCACUGGGCCCAGGAGGACGCCCAGCUGCUGUCUGUGUGUGGAAAGUGGACGGAGGGAGAGGAAAAACUCUCUCUGAUGUUUUGGCCCAUUGGCCAUAAAGCUGCAAAGGAGUAAAGCACCGGAGUGGACCUGUUAAAGCUGCAGCAUCAGAAAUGGCCACGCUCCUGAGGCCAAGCGGAAUGCAUUUAUCGUGCCAUUUUUACAAAGGUACGUUCUGAAGCCAUCGUCGCCUGUGCUUGAACUACAGGAAGAUCUAAUUCAGAUGCCGCCAAGCCACAAUGGGUAAAGAGAAGAAGAAAGACAGUAAGAAAGGAGAGAAAGAGAAAGAGAAAGCGGCAUCAAUCUCUGCUCCUCAUGACCUCACCAUCGAACGUGCUGUUUCCCAACAGUCGUGUAGUCAGACAGCUCCAGCUGUUGAUGAGCAGCAGGCAACGCCUGUAGUUCCCCAGGAAGAGCCGAAAGAAGCAGAGGAACCCCCAGCUCCAGAACCUGUAGAAUACGAGGAGCCGAUUCUCACUCAGUUGAUCGUAGAAAGCUAUGAGGGAGAAAAAAUCCAUGGCUUAUAUGAGGGGGAAGGAAUUGCACUUUUCCAAGGAGGCAAUGUAUAUAAAGGCAUGUUUUCAGAAGGUCUCAUGCAUGGAGAAGGAACUUAUACGUGGGCUGAUGGAGUGAAGUAUGAGGGAAACUUUGUGAAGAAUCUCCAGAUGGAUCAUGGUAGUUACACUUGGCCCGAUGGCAGCAUCUACGAGGGUGAGGUGAAGAGCGGAAUCAGGCAUGGUUUUGGCAUGUACAAGUGUGGCACAUACCCCGUCUCAUACAUUGGCCAGUGGUUCGAAGGCAAAAGACACGGCAAGGGCACCAUCUAUUACAACAUGGAAGGUACUUCCUGGUAUGAAGGCGACUUUGUCAACAAUAUAAAAAGUGGAUGGGGGAUAAGGUGUUAUAAAUCUGGAAACAUCUAUGAAGGUCAGUGGGAGAGGGACGUACGUCAUGGAGAAGGGCGGAUGAGGUGGCUGAUGACUAAUCAGGAAUAUACUGGCCAGUGGGUGAAUGGCAUACAGCAUGGAUAUGGCACCCACACUUGGUAUCUGAGGAGGAUCCCUGGGUCACAGUAUCCCUUAAGAAAUGAAUACGUGGGAGACUUUGUCGAAGGGAAUCGCCAUGGCCGUGGGAAGUUCUUCUUUGCCAGCGGAGCCAUGUAUGACGGGGACUGGGUGUACAAUAAAAAGCAUGGCAUGGGUAAGCUUGUAUUCAAGAAUGGGCGCGUCUAUGAAGGUGAAUUUAUAUACGACCAUAUAGCAGAAUUCAUGUCUCUUGAAAUUGACAUCAUGAACGUGCAGGAUCUGAGUGGCAUCCGUACAAAGAGUCCCGGUGGCCCUGAGAGUAUCAAAGUAGUGGAUGGCACAGAUGAUUCACCGGUUUCAGGAUCAAACAUUGAAAUAGAUAUAUCCACCUUGUUGGAUAUCUUUCCAGAAAAAGACCGAGAAGAAGAAAUCAAACAGACAGAGUUUGCUGUUUUGCGACAUAUCUCAGAACUGAAGAGGAUCUACACCUUCUACAGCAGCUUAGGAUACGACCACUCCCUGGACAACACUUUCCUGAUGACGAAGCUUCAGUUCUGGAGGUUCUUGAAGGACUGCAGAUUCCAUCACUGCAACCUGACACUCGCUGACAUGGAUAGAAUCCUGAAUGAUAAAACCUCACUCGAAGAGAUUCAUUCUCCAUAUGAAACGUUGUUACUUCGAAUGUUUUUGACAUACCUCAUUUACUUGUCAUUCCACAUCUAUCACAAGGAGUUUGCCAGUAGGAGUCCCCGUCUUUUCAAGUGCUUCAACAAACUGAUGGCUGAGAACAUCACCCCCAAUGCCUGCCAAAUCAAAGGCAUCUUGUUUAGUGACCGGCAACAAACUGUCUACGCAAUCAAUUACAUCGACAAGUGCUGGGAGAUCUUCAGGGAUUUUUGUAGACCAAGCACCAGGGCUCCUUACGAGCCUACCAUGAAAAUGAGGCACUUCAUUUGGAUGCUGAAAGAUUUAAGACUUAUCAGCAAGCAAUUAACAGCUACCAAAAUUGUAAAUAUCCUGGCAAAAGACAGUCCUUGUGUCUGGGAUGGAGAGGACACCACCUUGGAGAAUGAGAUUGUUUUCCUUGAAUUUUUUGAUGCUUUGCUGGACUGUGCAUUGCUGUAUGUUACAGACAACAUGCUGAAACAGCAAGUAGAACAAGCCAGUAAGUCAGAAUGUUCCUACAGGACCGAGGACUUCGCAGAAGGGGUCAGGCUGUCACCUCUGCAUCUGUUGUCCUCUGGCCAGUCCUUUCCAACCAGAAGUGCCAGCAUUGCUGAUGCCAGCAACGACCUCACAGACAUCGGCACUCACCGCGCUAGCGUCAAAACCUCCGCAAGCAAGAUAGUGCAUUUUGUGGACGUUGGUGGGAGAAAGAAGCUCGAGAAGUGCAAAGGAAAGGAUGAUGGGAUAGAGGACAAGGCUUCUCAACAGAGUUCCAGGGCCUCCAAUAAAGAGACAACAGCCUCCCCUGAGGCGACGCCUCUGAAUGUAACCUCCCCCCACAUCCUGACGCUGGUGGAAGACAAAGAAGCUUUUUCGCCUCAUGGGACUCUGUCAAGCGCAGAAGUAGAGCAAGACCUAAUUCUCCAUGCUCCCAUGAGAGAAUUAGCAGAUAAACUGGAAACCGCCAAAAAUGAACAGAAAGACAAACUCAGUUUGUGGAUGAGCCAGAUAUACAUCUUCUUUGUCAAGAAAUUCUUUGCUAACUACAAACAGUUGCUGGUUGUGAGGGAAACCAUUUUAGACAAUAGGAUUCGGGAAGCUGAGCUGGUUGUGCUGAGGAAAAUCCAAGAGGAAGAGGAAGAAGCAAAGCUUGCUGCAGUGAGGGAAGCAGAAGAGGCCCGAAAGCUAGAAGAAGCUGCAGCCGAAAAAGCAGCCUUGGAGCUUGAGGAGAGUUUGACCAAAGAACAAGAGGAAGGGUCUGUCCAGCUGUCCUCUCCCCCCAAGGACGAACCUCCUGCUUCACCACAGGUAGCUGCUCCAAGCACUAAAUCAGUUACAGCAGGGAAGAAAAAGAAAAAGGCGUAAGUGACCGGCACACCUCUCAAGCCUCGUUUCUAGCCGUGGAGAACCUCUCCCCUGCUAUGCAGGUGUUUGGAAUGGGAUUGGUAAUAUAGUAUUUGUGUAAAUUGUGAAUAUAUUGGUAGACAACCCUCUGUGCUUACAAGGACAAUGUUAAGUGGAGCUUUAGGUCUGAUUUGGUUGUGUUCCAUGAUGCUUUGUGUAGUUCCGUUAGGACCAAAUUGUUUAAAUGGAAUUCAAAGACUUUACUCCUUAGAGAUGAUAUAUGUACAAGGCUGUGUGUCAUUUGACAUGAGUUAGCAUCCUGAGAAUCUGUUUGAACUUAUCUUCAUGGUUGCAGAGAAAAGUUUUUAAAAUGUGAAGGCCCAGAUGAAGUCAGAGAAAAUGUGAGCAGGCUUUCGGUGGAUAGACUGGUAACUUUAUUUGGGGAAGAAUAAAAUCUUUGCAAAUGAA